AUGAAUCGAUUAUUAAUUGUCGCUGUUGUUUAUCUCGCUAUACAAGUGACACUUGCUGAUGUGAACUCAAAACGACCAGAAUGUCGCGAUCUUGUUGGCGAUAUUUCAAAUUGUUCACGAUUUGUUCGUUGUUUUCGUAAUGUACGAGUUUUAUUUACAUGUACUAGUGGCACACUCUAUUCACCGAAAUCAAAAAGUUGUGUCGAUAAGAGUUUAGUUAACGAUUGUGAUGAUCCAAAAGAACGAGUUGAAGUAUCUAUUCAACACGAUGUUAAUGUAACUGACGAUGAAUAUCCAACCAUUGAAGCAGAUGUAAAUGCACUUGAAAUACUAUCAGAAAAAGACGUAGCAUCCAAAGAUAUAGCUGCUCGCUCACAAAAAGGAUUCGGUUGUGGAUCAUAUUGUAAAAAUCAAGGUCAAUGUGUUAUUGUCUCUCAAACAGUUAGUUGCGAAUGUCCAACUGGUUAUAGUGGCGUUCAAUGUCAAGUAGCACAGUUUCUUAUAUCUACACGAGAAGGAUGUAAUCCAAAUCCAUGUGAUAAUGGUGGAAUUUGUACAGAAAUCUUUCCGAAUACGAUUAAUUGUACUUGUCUACCGGGAUUUGUUGGAUCUCUAUGUAGUUAUCCUGAUGUUACGACUACAAUUUCGCCUAAUCAACCAUGCUCAGUAAAUCCUUGUGUCAACGGAGGCGCUUGUUUAAAUGUACCUGGCGGAGGCUUUCGUUGCGUCUGUCGAACAGGCUAUACAGGAAUCUUAUGUGAUAUUUCAGGUAGUUUACGUUUGAGAGAAAUAGAAAUUGAGACAUCACUUGUGUAUAAUUCCUUUUUCAAAGAUAUUUCAACGAAUCCAUGUUGUGCUGUCGUUCUUGCUCCAGCAGCACCAAAUCAAUGUCAACCAAAUCCAUGUCAAAAUGGUGGUACUUGUUAUCUUCGACCUGGUUCAUUUGGCUGUUCAUGUCCCGUUGGUUUCAGUGGUGUAUGCUGUGAAAUUAAUUUAGUUGCUACAAACCCAUGCUAUACAAAUCCAUGUGUCAACGGCGGAACAUGUCAAGUAGCAGGACCUAACCUUUUCCGAUGUGUAUGCCCAACAGGUUACAAUGGUCUUCGUUGUGAAAUACGUGUCUGUGACCCAAAUCCAUGUUUAUACGGAGGUAUCUGUCUCGUCAUUGGUAACAAUUUUCAAUGUCAAUGUCCACCACAAUACACCGGACCUACAUGCGGUAUUUUGGUUCCACCACCAAAUCCAUGCAUUUCUCAACCAUGUCUUAAUGGAGGUACAUGUACACCAACAGGUCCAACAACAUAUGUUUGCUCGUGUACACCAAGUUAUUAUGGUCCAUGUUGUGAACUUCGUAACUAUUGUAUACCUAACCCAUGUUACAACGGUGGUUCAUGUGUUGCAACAACAACUGGCUAUCUCUGUCAAUGCUCAUUCCCCUUUACAGGUAGCAACUGUGAAGCCUUAAUUACUACACCAAUGCCUCGACCUGUCUGUGCCUGUGUUAUUUGCCCAUGCCCAACACCCGUUGUUACAGUAGUCAAUCCAUGUCUUCCUAAUCCAUGUCAAAAUAAUGGUGGCUGUGCUGUUCAACAAAACUUAGCUCGAUGCUAUUGUCCAACUAGUUUCACUGGUUAUUAUUGUCAAUUCGCACGAAAACGUGCCAUGAGCAAUGCCCCGUGUGCUAAUGUAACAUGUAUGAAUGGCGGUGAAUGUUUUGUUAAUGAAAAUGGCCCACAAUGUACAUGUCCAAAACCAUACUAUGGCAAAGAAUGUGAACAGAUGAACCGACCACGAACAUGUUUACCAAGUCCAUGUGGUCAAAAUGGUCAAUGUAUUGGAACAGCCGACGGUUAUAAAUGUCUCUGUAAAAAUGAUACAACAGGUGUACUCUGUGAACAAAAAUUAAUGCCAAAAAAUUACCGUUGGUGCCCAAUUGAUUGUCAACCAGAUACCACCUGUGUCUACGAAGGCAAUACGCCUAAAUGUCGUGCUCUUUAA